GGGCGGCGGGGCGGCCGCCGGCGGCGGCAGCAUGAGGGGCGGCUCGGAGGGCAGCGGCGAGGCGGAGGCGCCGUCCAGCCUGCAGGCGUUCGCCAACAGCUCCUCGCUGCACGGCAUCAGCCACAUCUUCGCCUACGGGGCCGUGUCGCUGCGCCGCGUGCUCUGGAGCCUCUUCUUCCUGGGCUCGCUGGGGCUGCUGCUGCUGGUGUGCGCCGAGCGCGUCGCCUACUUCCUCACCUACCCGCACGUCACCAAGCUGGACGAGGUGGCCGUGCCCAACCUCACCUUCCCGGCCAUCACCAUCUGCAACCUCAACGAGUUCCGCUUCUCCAAGAUCACCCGCAACGACAUGUACCACGUGGGCGAGCUGCUGGCGCUGCUCAACGACCGCUACGAGAUCAGCAACCCGCAGCUGGCCGAGCCCGACGUCCUGGCCGCCCUGCGCGACAAGGCCAACUUCAAGAACUUCAAGGCGAAGCCCUUCAGCAUGGCCGAGUUCUACAACCGCACGGGCCACGACCUGGCCGACAUGCUGCUGCAGUGCUCCUUCCGCGGCGCCAACUGCACCGCCCGCAACUUCACCGUGCGAGAGCUACGACCUGGGCGCCUUCCGCCAGCGCCGGGCACCCCCUCCGCGACGUGCCGCUGCCGCGGCCGGGACUGCGGCCCCGAGAACUGCACCGCCAUCUUCACCCGCCUGGGCAAGUGCUACACCUUCAACUCGGGGGAGCCGGGCACGGAGCUGCUGACCACGCUGCAGGGCGGCGCGGGCAACGGCCUGGAGCUGAUGCUCAACAUCCAGCAGGAAGAAUACCUGCCCGUGUGGGGCGACACGGACGAGACCUCCUACGAGGCGGGCGUGAAGGUGCAGAUCCACAGCCAGGAGGAGCCGCCCUUCAUCGACCAGCUGGGCUUCGGCGUGGCGCCCGGCUUCCAGACCUUCGUGUCCUGCCAGCAGCAGCGGCCAGCGGCGCGGCAGCUGGUGUACCUCCCGCCGCCCUGGGGGGACUGCAAGGCCACCCCCAUCGAGUCGGACUUCUUCACCAACUACAGCAUCACCGCCUGCCGCCUCGACUGCGAGACCCGCUACCUGGCCGAGAACUGCAACUGCCGCAUGGUGCACAUGCCCGGCAACGCCAACGUCUGCACCCCGGAGCAGUACAAGGAGUGUGCCGACCCGGCGCUGGACUUCCUGGUGAAGAAGGACAGCGAGUACUGCGCCUGCCGCACGCCCUGCGACAUGGUGCGCUACGGCAAAGAGCUCUCCAUGGUGAAGAUCCCCAGCAAGGCCUCCGCCAAGUACCUGGCCAAGAAGUUCAACAAGACGGAGCAGUACAUCGCGGAGAACGUGCUGGUCCUGGACAUCUUCUUCGAGGCCCUGAACUACGAGACGAUCGAGCAGAAGAAGGCGUACGAGGUGGCGGGGCUGCUGGGCGACAUCGGCGGGCAGAUGGGGCUCUUCAUCGGCGCCAGCCUCCUCACCAUCCUGGAGAUCUUCGACUACCUGUACGAGGUGUUUCGGGACAAACUCCUCAGCCUCUACAAGGACAAGAAAAGGACCCAGCGCAGCGACAGCAGCACCCUGGAGCAUCCGGCCGUCCCGGGCAGCCCUGCCGGCGCGUUCCCGCCGGGGCCCAGAGCGCCUGCCACCCCCUGCGCGGCCACUCGGACAGCCUCGGCUUCGCCCCGAACAUGCUACCUCGUCACCCGGCUCUAGGCACCUUCGAGGAGUUCGCCUGCUGAGGGGCGACCGCGGCGCGGAGCCGGCCCCCGCGGCGAGCUGUGC